AACAGGUGGAAGAAAAUGGCAGACUCAGUGGAGUCAACUCCCCUGCCUUCACUGGAGGAUCGUCUGGCUGUCCUUUGCCCGUCUCAGGAGCUUCUGGAGUAUUAUCAGAAGAAGAUGGCCAGCUGUGAGGCAGAGAAUGAAGACCUGCUGAAGAAGUUAGAGCUCUACAGAGAAGCUUGCGAACAUAAACUUGAGUGGAACUUGCAGCAAAGGGAGGAAGAGAUUGCUGAACUGCAGAAAGCCCUAAGUGAUAUGCAGGUCUGCCUCUUCCAGGAAAGGGAACAUGUUUUACGACUCUACUCAGAAAAUGACCGACUAAGAAUCAGGGAACUGGAAGACAAGAAAAAGAUUCAGAAUCUGUUAGCUCUUGUGGGACCAGACACUGGUGAAGUGACCUAUUUUCAUAAGGAGCCUCCCCACAAAGUCAGCAUUCUCCAGAAGACUAUCCAGGCUGUGGAUGUGUGUGAGCCUUCAGCUGCCAAAGCAGAUCCUGGAGUAAGCAAAAGACGAGUAAGAAUAAAGGACAAGGAGGACAUUGCUGAGCGCUACCAGAGGGACAUAGAGACACUCCUCCUGCAGGUGGAAGCACUUCAGGCGCAGCUGGGAGAGCAGACAAAGCUUUCUAGAGAACAAGUUGAAGGGCUCAUGGAGGACAGACGGAUCCAAAUUGAGGAGAUCCAAGUUCAGCACCAGAGACAUCAAGAGAAAAUCAAGGAGCUGACCAAGAGUCUCCAUCACACCCAAGAACUGCUCUAUGAGAGCACCAAGGACUUUCUACAACUAAAAUUUGAGAACCAAAAUAAAGAGAAGGUCUGGAUGCUUGAGAAGGAUCACCUGCUGUCAAAGAUUAAGCAAUGUAGAGUGCAGUGUAAGAGGAAAGAAGACAAACUUGGAAAAGUUGUUCCCAUUUUACAUGAGAGUCAUCACGCUCAAAAUGAAUAUAUUAAGUCUCUUAAGGAUAAGCUAAUGCAAGAGAAAAAGCUCUCCAACAUGUACCAAGAACAGUGCAUUUCCCUAGAAGAGGAACUUGCUCGAAUUCGGGAGGAGGAAGGAGUGAGGAGAGAGAUCUUCAAGGACCGUUCCAACAAGAUGGGCAAGCGCUUACAGAUAAUGACAAAACGCUAUCAGGCCUUGGAGCAUCGACGAAUCCUGGAAGUAGAAGGCUUCAAGACAGACAUUAAGGUUCUCCGACAGAAGCUGAGAGAGCUGGAGCAAAUGCUCUAUAAGGCAACCAUGAGUACUCAUGGAAAUCAGGACCUGGCCAUUCUGUGUGAAGUCCGUGAUAGCAACAGAAGAACUCAUAAGAUACAAGGAGAACUGAAGAACCUCAAGUCUAAAGUGUUUGGUCUGGAGAAUGAGCUUAGGUUGUGUUGAUGUCUCAUUUUAGGUUUGGCUUCCGGAAACCUGAGGCAAAGUCACUUGUUCCCAGAAAGUGGACAUGGAGUUGUCCAGAGUAGUGGCAUCAAUUUUAAAUAAAGAUAGUGUUAAGGGCAUGAUAGUUCACACUUACAAUCCCAGCACUUGGGAAUCUGAGGCAGGAG